GAUUGGAUGUGGUGAAAGGGUUAAGUAUGGAACAAGAAGCUACUCCUGACCAUUCGAGAGAAGAAAUUGAUCGAAAUUUAAGAGCAUUACAAUCGAAACUUGGAGCACCGAUAGCUGAUACUGAUAUAUCUCUUUAUAAUGCCUUUAAAUUCCAUUGA